AUGCGCGAAGCACCCGUGGAGAGCGCUGCUCUGCGAGGCCCGCGGGUCGGGAGCCCCGGGUGUGAAGGCGCCGGGACCAGCCCCUGGCCUCCGCUCCCUUUUCCAGCAACCCGAGAUCCGCGACGCCUACCGGGGGCUCGUGCAGUGGCUCCUGGCGCUGAGCGGCGGCCUGGAGUUGUUACGCCGGCGCUCAGCAUCUUUGCGCGCCUCCUGGCCUCGGUGAAGGUAAGAGAGUGUACACUCCAGUGCGCCAUAAUCGUGUGUUUAAGACUGGCUGCGAAACUGAACGAAGAGGACGAGUUAAUUCCAUGUGUCACGGACUUCAUAAAGCACUGCGGCUCUUGCUAUUCCCCGAAUGAGCUGCGGAGGAUGGAGAUAUCUAUUCUGAAGGACCUGCACUGGGACCUCCACAUUGCAACACCUCUGGACUUCUUGAAUAUAGUAAGCAUGAGGCAUUUGCGGAGUCUCCCUGACACUCGUGUGUGCCUUUGGAACAGCUGUUCACGACACAGGACAGCAAAGCACAGGUGUGCACAGGUCCUUGCACAUGCACCGCAGCGAGGUAACCCACAGGGCUCACUGCUUAUGGAGGAGUGAAAAUGCGUCUUAAAUCCAACACU